AUGUCGUUUCACCUCGUGCCUCUCCUUCGCGUAAACGCAAGCGGAAUUGGUCUUCGUGAGUUUAACAAAAAAAUAGCUAAAACGGGGUCGCUUUGUUGUGUGGCCGCGAGGCCACAUGGAUCUCAUACAACCAGUAGGGACUGGUCAGUGGGUCCACAUGAGCCGUACUGGCAGACUAAUUCAAGCUUCUCACCACCCCCAGCAAGAUGGGAUUUCCAGUUCCAAACUGAAGGACUGCAAUAUGGUCCGCACGAUGGCAUUCCACCGUAUGGGUCUUCUACAUCAUCAAACAGUAAAGAGAGUCGGAGCUGGGUGAGAGGCAACCAACUUUAUAAUCAUCACUACGCAUCUGAUGGUGCUGGGAUGUUUUUGAGUAGUUCGUCUGACCUUUCUCAAGGUCCUCAAUGGACACCUCCUGCAAUACAGGAAAUCAGAGUUGAUGAUUUUGAAUCUGCACAGAGGAGAGGUAUGACUUUGGGUCCACCAUCUUUUAAAACUAACAUGGAGGGAACCUCAGAAAAUCCAGAUAGUGGGGGCUCCACUUCAUUCCGAUCAGACAGUAGUGAGUCUGAACCCAAAUCACGUUCAUCCUCGCAUCGUACCUUCUCAAGUCGCCGCUCUUUUAUGUCUAAACCUAUACAUCCCUUGUCCUUCCCAAGACAAACCUCUCCAGGAGAGGUUUCUGACAUUGCAGUUGCUGGGUUGCCAGAGUUUGAUGCCUCCGCUCAAAGGGAUGCACACAGCUGGAGCAGUGCUAGCAGCAGCCUUGAUUUUGCUGAUGUUUCUGAGACUUUUGAAUCAGAAACAUGCAAUCGGUCAUGUAAUCCAUCAGAUGGUCUUAGAUGCGGUUUGUGUGAAAGGCUUCUUUCCCAGAGAUCGCCUUGGAGUUCUCGUCGGAUAGUGAGAAGUGGAGACAUGCCAGUUACCGGGGUUCUUUCUUGUUGUCACGUUUUUCAUGCAGAAUGCUUGGAACAAACAACACCCAAGAUGCGUAGGAACGACCCUCCCUGUCCCCUAUGUGCCAGAUUGGAGGAGGAAAACUGCCCUGAACAGAGAAGCUGUUCAAGAUCAAGGAAUAGUUUCCCAAGGCUUAAACCAUUUAAUGAGGACGGACCAUCAAGGCCUUGGGGUUGUGUGCAGGUGGGAGAUUGUGUUGAAGGUGCUUUGCAUGUGCCGCCCCGCAAUUCUAUGCUUUUACUCAACAGGAGCCGCAUUAAAAAGAAUCUUUCCUUGAAGGGCAAUUCGAGCAAAGAGUUUCCAGGUAAGUUAAAGAAAAGCGGUUCCUAUUCCUCGCAGCAAUUUAAUGUAAGAUCGAUCGAUCAAGGAGCGAUUGGUUGUUCAAAGUCGAAGAGUAUAACGGGGCCGAUCAUGAAGAGCUGAAGGAAAUAUGUAGAUAAGUUUGGAAUAUGAACCUUUGCUCUUUCAGAGCCAUUUUCCUCACACUCGUUCUGUCUACUUGCUUGCAAAUCCCAGUUUAAACGAGUAGAUUCUUUGACAAUGUGAUUGGAUAACCUGGUUAUGUUGUAUAGAUUUCAUUGUGUGAACUAUGGGUUGGAAAGUAAACAAUUACAUCUUCAAA